AUGAUGUGCCAACAAUGCAGAAAACCUCUUGAGGAGGAGAAGAAGACUAUCAUCCGCAAGCCUGGCAAGGGAUGCCCGUCCAUCGUCAAGGUCUCUGCUCUGCCCAUGUUUCUGACUCUCUCUGUCGUGACUAUCCAUCAGAUCAGAACUUACCAGAAGAUCGCCAGCGAGAAGAGGCUGUCAUGGAACCUGCUCGAUAGUCAGGCACAAGCCAUAAUGAGGCGGAAUUGCGCGUUCUGCGGUCGUGCGGCAAAGGAGAACUCGCAGGGGAUCAAUGGGAUCAAUCGUAUCGAUCACUCCAUCCCAGCAUACACGCUCAACAACACCGCUCCUGCAUGUUCCGAUUGCAACCAGAUGAAGCACAAUCACUCCCAGGAAGACUUUGUCGCGAUUUGCAAGCACGUUGCAACCGCAAAUGGACUCGGCGAUUUCGGUCGCUACCCCGAGGCCUUCCGGGACAACUUCAUGCCCAAGAGGUUGUCUGGCUACCUGACCAAGUCCAAGACCUACGCGCUAUCACAGGAAGACUUUCAAGCCAUCGUUGCGAAGCCUUGUCACUACUGCGGCAAAGAGACGAUUCCGGGCAAGCAUUACAACGGGCUGGACCGUGUGGUGACGCAGGUGAGGGUGUACAACAAGGAUUCAUGCGUUGCCGCCUGCGGGACUUGCAACACGAUGAAGUGGAGGAGGACUAGCGAAGACUUCCUUGCUCAGUGCAAUCGAGUUGCUCUGUACCAUAGUUGUUGCAAUAGCAGUGAAAUAUCUUGA